AUGGCGGCGGUCGCGACAGUGGCGGCGCUCGGCCUCAGGCGGUGUCUCGGCCUCAGGCGGUGUCUCGGCCUCGGGCGGUGUCUCGGCCUCGGGCCGGCGCUGGGGGCCGGGGCUCGGCGGGCGCGGAGCGGGGGGCCGCCGGGGCGGUUGGAGCACGUGGCGGUCGCGGUGCGGGAGCUGGAGGCGGCGCGGGGGUUUUACCGGGAGGCGCUCGGGGCGGCGGUGGGCCCCGCGCUGCCGCUUCCCGCCCACGGGGUCACCGCCGCCUUCGUGGAGCUCGGCGGCUGCCGCCUGGAGCUGCUCGAGCCGCUCGGGCCCGACAGCCCCAUCGCCGGUUUCCUCCGCAGGAACCCCGGCGGCGGCCUCCACCACAUCUGUCUGGAGGUGAGUGACCUCUCCUCCGCCCUCCGCCAACUCCGCGCCCGCGGGGUCCGCACCCUCAGCCCCGACCCGCGCCCCGGGGCCCACGGCAGAGCCGUCAUCUUCCUCCAUCCCAAGGACUGUCACGGCGUCCUGGUGGAGCUCGAGCAGCUCUGAGCCGCCGCUGACCGCUCACACAGCCCAGGACCGACCGAUGCUGAUCGAUAAGUACAACCGGGAGGUGGAGGGCGAGUCAACAGCUCGACCGGGACAACGGUUGGAAGGCAAUAGCAACCAGAAGAUCGAUGGAUAAUCGACAAGACAUCAGGAAAUCGACUGGUUCUCAACAGUUGCACCAGAACAACCCUCGCUAAUCAAUACACCAGGGCAACCCUCGCUAAUCAAUACACCAGGGCAACCCUCGCUAAUCAAUAAUACACCAGGACAACCCUCGCUAAUCAAUACACCAGGACAACCCUCGCUAAUCAAUAAUACACCAGGACAACCCUCGCUAAUCAAUACACCAGGGCAACCCUCGCUAAUCAAUACACCAGGACAACCCUCGCUAAUCAAUACACCAGGCCAAGCCUCGCUAAUCAAUACACCAGGACAACCCUCGCUAAUCAAUAAUACACCAGGACAACCCUCGCUAAUCAAUAAUACACCAGGGCAACCCUCGCUAAUCAAUAAUACACCAGGACAACCCUCGCUAAUCAAUAAUACACCAGGACAACCCUCGCUAAUCAAUAAUACACCAGGACAACCCUCGCUAAUCAAUAAUACACCAGGACAACCCUCGCUAAUCAAUAAUACACCAGGCCAAGCCUCGCUAAUCAAUAAUACACCAGGACAAGCCUCGCUAAUCAAUAAUACACCAGGACAACCCUCGCUAAUCAAUACACCAGGGCAACCCUCGCUAAUCAAUAAUACACCAGGACAACCCUCGCUAAUCAAUACACCAGGACAACCCUCGCUAAUCAAUAAUACACCAGGACAACCCUCGCUAAUCAAUAAUACACCAGGACAACCCUCGCUAAUCAAUAAUACACCAGGCCAACCCUCGCUAAUCAAUAAUACACCAGGACAAGCCUCGCUAAUCAAUAAUACACCAGGACAACCCUCGCUAAUCAAUACACCAGGCCAACCCUCGCUAAUCAAUAAUACACCAGGACAUCGCUGCCCGGCCUGGUGUCUGACACCUGCAGAAACCCAUCACCUGCUUUCUAAGCCGAACUGGGAAUUCCGUGGCUGCGCUGCCGCCUACACCUGGAAAUAAUAAAACCGGGACAACGGCUGAUCUAUAAUGUAACCGGGACACUGACCGCAGGUCACCGUGUUACUCGCAAAGGAUUUCCGACAAAUCGAUCACAAACCCCGAAGCUCCGAGUGUAGAAUCGAUAAACAACAUCGCUGAACGAGAGCAAUCGAUCGCGUCCUCUCCCAAACCGGGAGACGACCAUCAGAAAAAAACUGAAGUGGCUUUUCACGUGAAACCAACCAGUCGUGUAAUUCCGCGGAGCCGAGACUCGCCUGGGAAAGAACCUCGGGACCGAUUUGAUUUCAGAAAUGGAUAGUGUUGGGUUUGCAGAUGAUUCCGGAGCAGCUCAAGUCCCUUCGCGCCUCCUCCAGGAGUCAGGUCGGGCGCGGAGGGUUUUAGUAAAAGGCAAAAUACUGCAGAUGCAGGAACUCUGGAAUGAAGACUGAGAUUGAUGGGAACACUCAGCACGUCAGACAGCAUCUGUGGAGAGAUGUCAUCGACCUGAAACAUUAACCCACUAUCCUCUCUCCAUAGAUGCUGGGUGUUCCCAGCGUCCUGGGUCUUUAGGAGUUUUAAUAAUCCAGCCUCAACAUCCUCAACCAAAAUAAGUGACUUUCAACCCGUGAUCCCGGGAGGUGUAAUACACGCCUGGAGCAGCGCAAUGGCCAUGUGGCUGUGUGUAGACUUUAUUUAGCGUUAUGAAUUGGUGUGUAAUCAGGAUAAACUGGGAGUCAUUUCAAGGCUUCUUUUGGUUUUCAACCCUUAAUAUGUAACCUCGAGCAUCUGACAUUUCCCCCUUUAGCGUUCUAAAUAAUAAAUGAAUUAUACCUAAAA